UUGUCACUGUGUGUUUGUAGUUUGUUCACUUCAGCCGCCUGCAAGUUAAACCGCCGUUCCUCUCGGAUACAGUUCCUCCACUUCGAAGUCAAACCUCUUUACUUAUUUUUCUUUCGAGAAGUUUAUUUCAUUGUGAAGAAGCUCGACGAGGAUUAAAAUAUAUAUAUAUAGUAGAAGGCAGUAGUCAAAGAAGGAGGAGAAUAAAAAGUGACAAACCUGGAGGAGGAACAGGGCGUUCAUACUUCGAAGUAACCAUGGAAGUUCCUGGUAUGCAGAGUACUCAGCUCGAUCCAGAGGAGCUGUUCACUAAAUUGGAUCGCAUUGGAAAAGGAUCUUUUGGAGAGGUCUUCAAAGGAAUCGAUAAUCGCACUCAGAGCGUCGUCGCCAUCAAAACGAUCGAUCUGGAGGAGGCAGAGGAUGAAAUCGAGGACAUCCAGCAGGAGAUCACGGUGCUCAGUCAGUGCGACAGUCCGUACAUCACCAAGUACUACGGCUCCUACCUGAAGGGAAGUAAAUUGUGGAUCAUCAUGGAGUAUCUUGGAGGGGGCUCAGCACUCGACUUGCUGCGGGCGGGUCCGUUUGAUGAGUUUCAGAUUGCCACCAUGCUGAAGGAGAUCCUGAAAGGGCUCGACUACCUGCACUCUGAGAAGAAGAUCCACAGAGACAUCAAAGCUGCCAACGUCCUGCUGUCGGAGCAGGGUCAGGUGAAGCUGGCGGACUUCGGAGUGGCAGGUCAGCUGACAGACACGCAGAUCAAGAGGGAAACCUUUGUGGGAACGCCGUUCUGGAUGGCUCCUGAGGUCAUCCAGCAGUCCGCCUACGACUCCAAGGCGGAUAUUUGGUCGCUGGGCAUCACGGCCAUCGAGCUCGCCAAGGGGGAACCGCCGAACUCCGACAUGCAUCCAAUGCGAGUGCUCUUCCACAUCCCCAAAUCCCCUCCUCCAACACUGACUGGUGAUUUCUCCAAAAGCUUCAAAGAGUUCACAGAAGCUUGCCUCAACAAGGACCCUUCUUUUCGUCCCACAGCCAAGGAGCUUCUCAAACACAAGUUCAUCGUCAAACACUGCAAGAAGACGUCCUAUCUCAGCGAGCUGAUUGACAGGUACAGGAGGUGGAAGGAGGAGGACCACAGUGACAACAGUUCAGACGACUCUGACAGUGAAUCUAGUAAUAAGGAAAACAACGAGUCUCCAGAGUGGUCCUUCACCACUGUCCGUAAGAAGAAGCAGGACAAGUCAGAUAGCAGGACCAUCCUCAAUGGAAAUGAUCAGAUGAGUAAAUCUGCCAGUCUCACCACAGUCAUCUCCCCCGUCUUCACAGAGUUGAAGCAACAGCACAAGGAGCACUCUGAGCAGCGGUUGGCCAUCGAGGAGCUGGAACGUAACAUUCGAAUAGCUGAAGAUAUCUGUCCAGGCAUCACGGACAAGAUGGUCACGCAUAUCAUUGCCAGAUACACAACAAAUUGAAAGAUGGAUGGAUUGAC